AUGGACAUGCCUGAGCUGAAGCUCAAACAAGAUUGUGUGACAAGGUGGAACUCCACCUUUCAUAUGAAAAAACAGAUUCUGGAGUCCAAGGAUGCAGUCAUCUCUACCCUGGCUGUUAUCAAUGCACCAGUCAAUCCUCUGAGCCAAGAGGAAUGGGACAUACUGCAGGAGGCAUGCACUGUUCUGGAGCCAUUUGAGGAGGUUACUGUGGAGAUCAGUGCAGACAGCUAUGUUACAGCCUCCAAAAUGUUAAUCCUGUGCAGGGGUCUGCAGAGAGUGACAGCUCAGAACCAGACCAGCGUAACCACAGCAAAUGUGAAAGAGCUAGUGGAUGCUCUCUGUGCAUCCAUGGACAGAAAGUUCCAUAGAAUGGAAUAUAACACUGUUCUGUCAGAAACCACCAUUCUGGAUCCGAGAUUCAAGAAGCUGGCCUUUAAUGACACUAAAGCAGUUGAUGAAGCUAUUCAGAGAAUAACUGCAGCAGCAGCAAGGUUCAGCCAGCCAACUCCACUUCCAGGGGGCCAAGAGGGAGCAGAGGAUGAGCAAGAGGGGCCACAAGCAUCUGCUGUUUGGAGGUUCUUUGAAGAAAGACCAAGUGAAGACACUACAAGAAGGAAGCCUUCAGCAAAUGCAGUACUGGAAGUGAGAUCCUACCUUGAGGAGCCCCUUUUCCAGACAAGUGCAGAUCCACUAAGCUGGUGGGAAAACAAGGCUUCAUUUUACCCACGCCUCGCACAUGUGAUGACACGGAGACUGUGCAUUGUUGCAACGUCAGUCCCCUCCGAAAGAAUCUUCUCUAAAACAGGGCAGAUCAUGACCGACAGAAGAAGCCGAAUCAGUCCCUCAAAGCUGAGGCACUUGGUGUUUCUGAAUGCCAAUCUUCAUUAGACAGGUUAUUUGGAUGCUGAUCUUUUUCUUUUUGUUUUACAUUUUUUCAUUUAUAUUUUGUUGUGUUGUGUGUUUUUCAGAGAUUUUGUAUUGAUUAAAAGUUGAACUGUGAAUAGUUAAAAGUUUGUUCAGUUUUAGUUUAUUUAUUGUAGCACUGAAGAGUUAAGAUUUUUAAUUUAUAUUUUGUUGUGUUGUGUUUUUCAGAGAUUCUGUAUUGAUUAAAAGUUGAACUGUGAAUAGUUAAAAGUUUGUUCAGUUUUAGUUUAUUUAUUGUAGUACUGAAGAGUUAAGAUUUUUAAUUUAUAUUUUGUUGUGUUGUGUUUUUCAGAGAUUCUGUAUUGAUUAAAAGUUGAACUGUGAAUAGUUAAAAGUUUGUUCAGUUUUAGUUUUUUUAUUAUUAUUUAUUGUAGCACUGAAGAGUAAAUAUUGUUAAUUUAUAUUUUGUUGUGUUGCUUGUUUUUAAGGGAUUUUGUAUUGUUUGGCUUUAAAUUUGUUUUGAAUAAAAAAAGUUAAAAGUUUAAAUUCCUUAAACCUAUAAUUUCAUAUUAUUAGUAAUAUAUUGAUUAAAGCAACAAAAAAAAUCUGAAGAGCCGUUUGGGAGCCGAAAGAACCGGCUCUUUUUAGUGAGCCGAGCCGAAAGAGCCGGUUCUCUAAAAAGAGCCGGAAUUCCCA